AUGGAAAGACCAGAAGCAAGCAGAAAGCAACGAAUAAUUUACGCGACUUAUCUGAGCGACCCCACCGAACACAAAGAUCAUUUCAUCUCCGAAUUCCGCAACACCAGGGAUCCAUAUUUUGACGCGGCUCGAAUCCUCACAUACCAGCUCCUCCACGCAUCGGAAACGCAAACCAGGUUGGCCAUCCCUUUCGUGGUCUUUAUUCACCAGAAUUUCGAUAUAUAUAUAAAAAAAGAAGACCGUCUCCAAACCGACGGUGCAGAAGUCACCGAGUGGUCCGAUUUUCGAGUGGACUGGGUUCGACCGACGGAAUCCCGAUGGGCCGAUGUCCUGACAAAACUGCGGCUGUGGGAGAUGGUCCAGUACGACCGGAUUUUGCUUUUGAGUGGUGAUUCCGUCCUGGCAAGAUGCCUCGACAGAAUUCUCAGCACCUAUGUGGCGUCGAAUCACUCGUUAUAUCCGUCGCGUGUCCUAGAGGACUUUUGGGACUGGGAUACAUUGAAUGCUGGAUUUAUGAUUCUGCAGCCGUCAUUGAAGAUGUUCCACUACUUCGAGGAGUUGCUGGCAGUCGAGGAUAGCUUUGAUACCAGCAUGGCCGUCUUGAACGUUACCCUUUCUCGUGGAGACCCUGACCCUACCCCAUGGAUUACCGUGAACUUCUCGUGGAAUAUUUAG